CUCCUCCCCAUCGCUCAGGCUCACGAAGCCGGAGCUGCCGCAAAGCCCCGUCCUCCAGGGCUUUUUAAAGACCUCGUUUGCUUCACGCUCCAACAAUGCCGCGUAAUUGAAGAGCUACGACGCUAAAUGCGCUCAGGCGACGGCCACCGUGGGAAGAAGCCCAGAGUCCCCCAGAGAGGAGGAGGACGGAGACGGACCGCUCCGAAGCCAUUUAUCGAGCACUGGCUGGCUGGCAGGGUCAGAGAGUUUAACCCCUGAGCUGCCGUCGCGGAGGGCAGCAGUGGGGAGCGUCGAGGCGGCUCGGUGAGGUGCCAGCAGGAUGGUCUCCGGUCAUUCCCAGCGAGCCUCCCGCCGCUCGUAGCGCAGUGCAGCCGCGUUGAUGCAGCGGCGGCCGGCGGUCGCUUCCAAGCCCAACUGCGGAUCCGGGGAGACAAAAGGCGAAGCCGCCGCUGCGGAACACCGAGGAGACGCGGAGCGACAGACUGGGCUCCACUAGACUAGCGUUUCUGUUUGGAAUCGGGUCGUACAGCAAAGAGACAUCCAGCAGCUGCGUUGUGGCAUAAGGAUGGCGGCCGUAGUGAACUACUCCCCGCCUUGGUGGGUGAAUCUGCUUCACCGGUUGCCCCACUUCAACAUUGAAUUUCAAACCGUGAGCAGUGACUUCAGACCGGAGGACUCCGAGUACCAGAAGUCUGUUUUGCUCAUCGGUGCGGUGGCUUUGGUGUGUUUGGGCCUGGACCUCCUCUUCCUCCUCUUCUACUCCUUCUGGCUGUGCUGCAGACGGCGAAAAAGUGAGGAAGCCUCGCACUCCCAUUCGCACUCCCAGCAGCCUAGUGCAGACUGCUGCUGCACCGCUUGGUGUGUCAUCAUCGCCACACUCGUCUGCAGUGCUGGCAUCGCUGUGGGAUUCUAUGGAAACGGGGAGUCAAGCGAUGGAGCCGCUCGAUUGGUUUAUUCUCUUCGUCAUGCCAACAGUACCGUUUCCGGGGUGGAAAAACUGGUGUCAGACAGCGCCCUAGCCUUAAACCAGACAGUGGAGGAGAACUUGGUCCAGUUGGAAACAGCCUUCCAGGAUCAGACGGACUAUGUGUCCAUCGUCCAGAAGGUGCAGGGUCAGCUGGACGAGUUGGUGAGGCUGAUGGUGGACGUUCCCUUCUGGUCAAACACGGAAAUCUCACUGGAAGACCUGGCACGAAAAACAGAGGCCUUUGACUUUUACAGGUGGCUGGGUUACCUUGGCCUGCUGCUGUUCGAUGUUCUCAUUUGUCUGCUGGUUCUAUUUGGUCUGAUCCGCAACUCCAGAAGCACCCUGAUUGGAGUGUGUUUCCUGGGGGUUCUCACUUUGAUCAUCAGCUGGGGUUCUCUGGGCCUGGAAUUGGCUGCUGCUGCUUCAGCCAGCGACUUCUGCGUUUCACCGGAUACUUACAUCACCACGGUAACCAAAGAAAACGCUGUCAUCAACCAAGAUAUUCUUCAGUAUUACCUGAAGUGCAGCUCUGGACAAGUGAAUCCUUUCCAACAGAGGCUGUCCGGCAGUCAUAAAGCUUUGGUGGAGAUGCAGGAUGAUGUGGCAGAGUUACUGAGAUCAGCCACACGUGAUUAUGCCAACACUAAGGAGAGUCUUGAACAAAUCCAGUCUGUUCUGAAUUCUACUGAGGUCGGGCUCCAUCAGCUGACUGCUCUGGUGGACUGUCGCAGCCUUCACAUGGACUACGUCCAGGCAUUGACUGGGCUGUGUUAUGACGGCGUGGAGGGGCUCAUUUACCUGGUUCUCUUCUCUUUUGUCACCGCUCUGAUGUUUUCCUCUAUCGUGUGCAGUGUGCCACACACCUGGCCCAACAAGAGGACGGAUGAGGAGGACGGAGAGGACGAGUCGGGUGCCUCGCGCGGUGUGCACGAUAACCUGUACCGCGUUCACAUGCCCAGUCUCUACAGCUGUGGCUCCAGCUACGGUAGCGAAGCUAGCCUGCCCGCUACAGCACACACUGUCAGCAAUGCCCCCGUCACUGAAUACAUGAGCCAGAACGCAAACUUUCAGAACCCCCGGUGUGAGAACACCCCCUUGAUUGGCAGAGAGUCCCCUCCACCCUCUUACACCUCCAGUAUGAGAGCCAAGUACCUCGCCACCAACCGACCGGACCAGAACCGACGCUCCGUUCCCAACGACCAACUGGAUCCCGCCAGUCGGCCCCACGCCGCCGCCCGGCCACAGUCCUCGGUUCACUAGAGAACAUUUCACCCUCCCCAGUACUGCCUCGAGCCAGUUCUCACAGCCAAAAGCAAGAUCCGACACAAGCUCUCCAGCACCGGGCCGGAACCGCACACCCCCAGCAAAUGACUGCACUUUGAGCGCCCACUUCCACCCAGAGGACUGUUUCUUCUUCUCUCCGCGGAUCGUCACGUGUUCCCACUGCAGCUUCUUCAUCCAGCCGGAUCGGAAAAGCUGCACACGAGCACUGAAAUCCAACACACAACUAACACACACAAACAAACACACUCUGUACAGAGCUGUAAAUAUCAAACAUGUGCUUUACUCAUGAAAAGUAGACUGUUGAUUCUUUACUGGUAAUGUGGUGUGCUGUGUUAUCUUGGAAAUUCUUUGCUGUAUCUCUCACACAUGCACACACAAACACACAAUCUGGCAGAUCGACUAACUGAUUACUCAUGCUUAUAAAUAUUAAGCCAGUGAAUCACAAAAGCCAUGUUUUAGGUAGAGAUGAACUGUGCCACCACGCUCACAUUCCUUCUUAACAUUAGCAUUGUUGUCUAACUUUGAAACUGUGAGCUCCAGCUUGUUCUGCACUUAACACACUCGCACAGUUUGAGAAAUGCCGUUGUGAUCCUGGAAUCCCCUCUUUUGCUUUCUACGUGGAGUCCGAGUCGAGGGACACGAGAAGGGUCAACCUGUGCCAAAAAAAAAAAAAAACUUAAGAAAGAAGUGAAGAGCGCCUGAUGUUGUGCUCGACUCGAUCCACAAAAAAGGGGGAACUUGCAUGGAUGUUCUUUUCCCCUUCAUCAAGAUAAAGAAAAGAUCUUCAUCAAGGGAAGCUCUGGACUGAACGUUGUGACUUAACAUUAGUCAGGUGCUAAAUGAAGCUGUCAAACGUCCAGGACUGAAAGGAACAGAACCUUUUUCUUACUCUGGAUUUUUUUCUCCUGUUCAAAAGCGUAUGUGAAUUUAGAUAGUAGCUUAAAAAAAGGCAGAAGUGUUCGUUUUUACCUGAACGGAAGCAUUACAUUACAAGCUUUUUUUAUUACAUCAUCAAUUUGAUACUGUGACCACUUCAGUUUUUCCUUUUGUGUCAACCUGUCUUUCCUUUUGUUUUUUUUUUUGUUUUUUAAUUGUUUUCUUUGGAUUUCAAAGUUUUUCUCUAACUUCAACUCACAAGCACAAUUUCUUUUGAAGAAGACUACAGGAGGAAGUAAAACAAACUGCCUGUGACACUGCCAGUGUUUUUUCCUCUCACUGGGAAACUUUGUACAGUGUAUAAAAAAACAAACAAAAGUAGUUGUGAACCUUUGUGUGAGACAUCACUGAAGCGCUCUAUCUCAGUGUUUACUCUUUGGAACUACAGUGUAUUAGGUGUGUGACUGUCUGCGAAGCGUCUGCGCAGACAUCAACGCACACGUGUACAGUAUGUCCACUCAAACAUGCCACACAUACUCACUGAAUACUUUAAAAGCUUCAGUGAUUUUUUUUCAAUUUUUUUAACUGUUUACAUUCACAUUUGGAGUUGCAGUAGCUGCACAUCACUGAUUUGCAUUGUGGGUAAUGUAGUUCAUAGUGGUAGCUUUUUACAGAAGGUCUCAUUAGCCGAACGGGCAGAGCUCUACCACUCCUGGACUGCGUUUUAAUGGAACACGAUUAAUCAAUGACCACUUCUCGUGCUAGCGAGACAAUCUUACAUGUGUGAUUUUUACCAGUUUCCAUGCUGUAACAAUGCUACCUAUAGUCUCGUACAGUGUUUUCUUGCACCACUGAUGCAAACGAUGUUAAGAUCUGUGAGACUAGUCACUGUUUAGUGGCCUUUCAUAAUGUUUUUAAGCUCUUCAUCCAAACACGUUUCUUUUUUUCACCCUCUGUCUUGUUAAAAAAUAAAAAAAAUCAAACUUUAAAGAUAAAAAUAAAGCUAACUGUUUCGUAGAAGACGUACAGGCAAGAGCAGCUUUUUCCUCUCAAUGGUGAAUGACUCUGUUUUGCAUUGUUUCGAGAAGCGUGUUUCGGUGACGUCUGCACGUCUGUCGUAUUUGAUUUCUGAUCUGGUAAAUCCGGAUCUGACGGGACAAAAGGGUCAGUAGUGGGUUUGUGCGUCUGGAUUUGUGUGUGCGUGGGUGAGUCGGUGCACUCGACAAGACUUCAAAUACAGAUGUGUGCAGAUGUGACGGAGCAACAAUGUUUUCUAUGGCUGUUUUUAUUUUUGAUGGUUCAACUAAGAUAUUAAUGAUAUUCAUGUCAAAACUGUUGUAAUGAUAUUCAGCCUGGAAUAAAUGUAAAAAAAAAAUAAAAGCAACUUUAACGCA